UCUGGAAGCUCAGCUAAGGAUUUCUCGAACAGUCUGAGAGGGUACAAAACCUACACGGCUGAACCUCUCUGACUGACUGGACUGUGUGCCAUUUAUUCACAUUCCUCGGCGGAGUUAUUCAUAACCGGAGGACCAAGUGUAAAUUCAGCAAGGAGAGUUUUCUUGUCAAAACUGUCUCCCCAUGCUUAAAAAAUAGGAUGCCUGAACUACACGAUCAACCAAUGGAGGAGGAGGCUGAGACCUUUGCAUUCCAGGCUGAGAUUGCUCAGCUGAUGUCCCUGAUCAUCAAUACUUUCUAUUCCAACAAAGAGAUUUUCCUUAGAGAGCUCAUCUCCAACUCCUCAGAUGCCCUUGACAAAAUCCGCUAUGAGAGUCUCACAGACCCUUCAAAACUUGACUCUGGCAAGGAUCUCAACAUUGAAAUCAGGCCCAACAAAGAAGAACGCACCCUGACCCUGAUCGACACAGGCAUUGGCAUGACCAAAGCUGACCUGAUCAACAACCUGGGCACAAUCGCGAAGUCUGGUACUAAGGCUUUCAUGGAGGCACUGCAGGCUGGAGCCGACAUCUCCAUGAUUGGUCAGUUUGGUGUUGGUUUCUACUCUGCCUAUUUGGUAGCUGAGAAGGUAACCGUGGUCACCAAGCACAAUGAUGACGAGCAGUAUGCCUGGGAAUCUUCAGCUGGAGGCUCAUUUACAGUUAAAGUAGACAAUACUGAUCCAAUGGGGCGUGGCACAAAGGUGAUCUUGCACCUAAAAGAAGACCAGACAGAAUACCUGGAGGAGCGAAGGAUCAAAGAGAUCGUAAAAAAGCAUUCCCAGUUUAUUGGAUAUCCCAUCACACUCUUUGUGGAGAAGGAGCGUGACAAGGAGGUGAGUGACGAUGAGGCUGAGGAGGAGGAAAAGGAGAAAGACAAGGAUAAGGAUGAAGAAGAGGAGAAAGAUGAGGACAAGCCUGAAAUCGAGGAUGUUGGGUCAGAUGAUGAGCACAACCAUGACAAGGGAGACAAAAAGAAGAAGAAGAAGAAGAUCAAGGAGAAGUACAUUGACCAGGAAGAGCUGAACAAAACUAAACCACUGUGGACCCGUAACCCUGAUGACAUCACUAAUGAGGAAUACGGAGAGUUUUACAAAAGUCUCACCAAUGACUGGGAGGACCACCUGGCCGUCAAGCACUUUUCAGUAGAGGGUCAGCUAGAGUUUCGUGCACUGCUCUUCGUGCCUCGACGCGCUCCCUUUGACCUCUUUGAGAACAAGAAAAAGAAGAACAACAUCAAGCUGUACGUGCGCAGAGUCUUCAUCAUGGACAACUGUGAUGAGCUCAUCCCAGAGUACCUCAAUUUCAUCAAGGGUGUCGUGGACUCAGAGGAUCUGCCCCUGAACAUCUCCAGAGAGAUGCUGCAGCAGAGCAAGAUCCUGAAGGUGAUCCGCAAGAACCUUGUCAAGAAGUGCCUGGAACUGUUUACUGAGCUUUCUGAGGACAAGGACAACUAUAAAAAAUACUAUGAGCAGUUCUCCAAGAACAUCAAGCUUGGCAUCCAUGAAGACUCUCAGAACAGGAAGAAGCUGUCUGAGCUGCUGCGAUACUACACCUCAGCCUCUGGAGAUGAGAUGGUUUCUCUGAAGGACUAUGUAACACGCAUGAAGGACAACCAGAAACAUAUCUACUACAUCACAGGUGAGACCAAAGACCAGGUGGCAAACUCUGCCUUUGUUGAGCGCCUUCGCAAAGCUGGACUUGAAGUUAUCUACAUGAUCGAACCCAUUGAUGAGUACUGCGUCCAGCAGCUGAAAGAGUUCGAGGGUAAGAACCUUGUGUCUGUGACCAAGGAGGGUCUGGAGCUGCCUGAGGAUGAGGAUGAGAAGAAGAAGCAGGAAGAGAAAAAGGCUCAGUUUGAGAAUCUCUGCAAGAUCAUGAAGGACAUUCUGGAGAAGAAAGUGGAAAAGGUCACAGUUUCCAACCGCCUUGUUUCCUCCCCAUGCUGCAUUGUCACCAGCACCUACGGCUGGACGGCAAACAUGGAGAGGAUCAUGAAGGCCCAGGCCUUGAGGGACAACUCCACCAUGGGUUACAUGGCUGCUAAAAAACAUCUUGAGAUCAACCCUGAUCACCCCAUCAUGGAGACCCUGAGGCAAAAGGCAGAGGCUGACAAGAACGACAAGUCAGUGAAGGAUCUGGUCAUCUUGCUCUUUGAGACAGCCUUGCUGUCAUCUGGGUUCACCUUGGAUGACCCACAGACUCACUCCAAUCGCAUCUACAGAAUGAUCAAGCUUGGUCUAGGUAUUGAUGAAGAUGAUAUGACAUCAGAUGACACCACCUCUGCUCCCACUGAAGACAUGCCUCCUCUUGAGGGAGACGAUGAUGACACAUCCAGGAUGGAGGAGGUGGACUAGUCCUUUAUGUCACCUGCUAGCAAUCAAAAGUAAUAUUGUACAAAGUUAAAGUUAUAUGUUGUAAAUGAAACUGGAAAGUUCCUCUGUCAUCCCUCUUUUUUGAAACCAGAUUCCCUAAGUUCCCCUUGAACUGACCAUACUGUACACCAGAUUCAUUCCUUUUAGAGCUGUACUUUUUCAGUUGUCACUUUUUGUAUCUCGAGUUUAUUAUUAAUACAUUUGUUUUUGUAUUUAUUGACAUUCCAAUGUUGUAUGAGUGUUACUGCUUCGAUCGUAAAUACAUAAAAAUUGAUACUGUUAUUUGAGAUGGGUAAGGCCCAUUAAAAUAAAGAUUUGCCAUGUUAAGAAGUCAAGUCUUAUUUAUUCCCUGUUUUUUUUUACUAAGUUUACUACAAAUAAAUUCUAAAUGCAUCUUGUUAAAGAAAUAUGACAAGGUCUAAAUAGUAUGACGAGACUAGAAGUUAAAGCGUAUUACAUACAUGCAUAAUUUGAAUUACUGAAUAUUGUAUGUCAUCUAUUAUUUUUUGUAAAUAAUUCUCACCAUUGUAGAGAUUUGCAGCAGAAAAAGAUCAAUAAUGUAUAUGUAAACAGGAUAGGAAAAUUACAUUAUAGUUUAAGGGAAAGGAGUUGGCAAACACAAGGUGAACAUCAGAAAAAAAUAUCAAUUCAAUGACAAUAGUGAAUGAAUAGUGCUGGACUGCUGCCAUAGUGAGAAGGAAUAUAUCAUGCAGGUGGAGCCUUUUCACAACUGAGAUUUUGUCUUGUGAGGUGGAUGUAUCAGUGAAAAUGUAAACAAUGGCUAUUACUACUCUUUAGUGGAUUUCCCUGCCAAGAGUGUGUGACAACACAUUGAAGUAUUCAGGCAUACAUUAAGAACAAUUGUGGUUUCCACAAACAUUGCAUUCCAAAAAAUAAAAUCAGCUUUUCAUGUGAAAACCUUAUUGACCUAUUAUUUAAGACUAUCUAUGUUUUAAAGACAGCCUAUCAUUAAAAAACAGAUCUGUUUCUUGAGAUAGAUUUUUUCAUUGGUUAACAUUCUGGAUACUAAUGCUUUUCAAGUGUCCAGUAGAUGGCAGUGUAUAACACUGCCUGCUGUUGAAGUUACAAGGACAUGAAAAGCUUUUAACAUGUUCUAGAAAACGCUGUUUUUGCCUGCCAGAGGAAAAUUGAAACUAGGACAAUUGAAAUGAUUACUAUUCUCCAUAACUUUAACAACACU